UCGGCAGAGAGACUGAGCGAGCGCGCGCGCGGGCCAGACACCGCUCCUCCCUGCGCUGCACGAUCGCAAAAGAGCCUGCUGCCUCCUCGUAAAACUCUCUGAAACGCGCCACGCUGUUUUCAGUGCAACGACAAAAAAGACUUUGUAUAUUUUUAUUUUCCUUCUAAUUUCUCUGUCGAUACCGUUAUCGGAGGGUGAUUGUGUGAGUCUCCUCUCUGUUUUGAUGCCGAUCUUACGUACGUGCCCGUAGCCACAGCCGAAAGUCCCGAGUGACUGAGAAUGCUUGAAAGUACGUAACGACGAUCGACACGACAACAAAGUUGCAAACGCAAAACAAAAAAUUGUUUUCAUCAUUCACUGGUUAUCACAAAGUGCAAGUGUGUGUCUGUGAGUGUCUCGUGCUCUCUGUUCUUAGGAUAUGUAUAUACGUAAAUAUAUAUGCGUACAUGAACGUCCACGCUGUCAGUAGUAUAUACCAGUUUACGUCCAGUAUAUCUAUUUGCAAUCACGUUGACGAGCAACCAAAGAUCGUACAAAUCAACCGCCUUCUAUAACAAGCCACGUUAACUUCAAGUGAUUUAUAUUUUCUUAUUGUAAAGGAAGAAGACAAAAAAACGAGCGAAGAGAGAAAGUAAUAAUUAGUAUGUUUAUUAAGGAUUAAAAGUAACGAAAAGUACAACUCUUAUAUCACUGCAGAAACGAGUGAGAGCUUUUUAGAUUUUUUAAUAAACAAAACUAAACAAAAAAAAACAAAACAAAAAAAGGAAGAAAAACUACAAAGUAUAUUUCUAAUAUUUAGUGUACAAUAAUUGUUCCCGAAACAAGAUAAUAAGUAACGAAGUAAGAUUUUUAACAAAAAAAAAUUAUAUUACUCAAACAUCCGUCAGUGCCAAAAUCAAGUUUGGAAAAGCAAAUGUGUUUUUCAUUCUAAUAUAUUUAUUGACAAAAAUUGUUUUUGCACCGGAUCAAAAAUCACAAUUUCCGCUCUGAUUUUUCGCAUGCUGAAUACCACCAGCAAUUUUAUACGUAUACGCACUGCGACUGUCGCCAAACCAAAGAAUCUUACCAUUUUUUUCCUUCCUUCUUCUUUACUCUGAAUCGUUCAAAUACUCGUGUGUGUAACUUUAAAUACUCAACGUUUUUUUUCUCGAUCCCGAGGACCAACACGAACCGUCAGCGCAGAACAGCAUUAGCUGGGAAAGACCCUCUCCAGCAACGGAUCUGUAAUACUUUUUUCGCAGCCUAAAAUUACCAAACCUGUCGAGUACAAAACAAAAAAAAAGAAGAAAAUCCAUAAUCAAGCGAGACGCAGAGUACAAUCUUCGAGUACAAUCGUGUGAUAUAUACAUGCAACAAGCUCCCAGUGAUAGAUAAUAUAGCCAAUAAGAAUACUAUCUGAAGUUAUUCAAAGUGUAUUUACGUGAACAUUAAAGUGAAGUUAAAAAAAAAACAAUCGAAACUCGAGUGCGCGAAGUUUUUUUAAAUUCGUUAUAAUCAUUGAGUGUCAAGUGUUGUCUAUGUAUAUUUGAGAAGAGAAAUAAGAGUAAUAAGUGCGCUAUAGGAAGAAAACAGCGAAGGAGCGAGGUGCGCGCCAGGAUGGGGCGCGGAAGAUGAACAACGACUUGGGCAAGGAGAUCAGCCCCGUGAGCGGGGCGAGCCCCUCGCCGGUGGUGGCGAGCUCGACGGGCGACGCCUGUGGUCCUCGUCACUUGCCGACCUUCACAAGCACUUUCGUCGACACCACCACAAUGGACACGUCGGCGACGAGCCUCAGCAGCAUCCCGGGCCACGAGCUCUCGGGCCUGAACAUGGGCCUCCACUCGUGGGAAUAUUUCGAAGGCCUGGGCGGCCGCCUCAUCGACGCGCGGGGCGAGGUCGUCAUGGCCAGUCAGUAUCGGCCCUGGGAAUCCAAGGGCCAUCACGCCGUGCCCGCGGACGGCCUCCCCAGCUUUCAGUCGCAGUUCAGCGGUGUCGGCGGCCCGACGGACAUCGGCCAGGAGCCACAGCUCACCACUCUGACGCCGCUGUCACCGGCCUCGAUGUCGCACUCGCCGCCCAUGUCGUUGCCGAGUUUUCACACCCUUGGCUCGGCCCCGCCGACUCAUCGAGUCCCACAGCCACCGCACGGUUACCCACUGGUGCCCGCGGCGGUUCCAGCGCGCGACGUCAUCCAGCAACAGAUCGUCGACGAGCGCAACAUCCAACUGCUGGGCACACCGUCGCCGUUGCAGCCGUUUGGCCCGCCGCCCGUCAGUCAGCAUCAUCCGCCUCCGCCUCCGCCACCGAUCGGCGUUGGUGCCCCACCGCCACAGCAUCCUAUGGGAGUGGUGAAGCCCGAACCGUAUCCGCAGCUUCACCACGCCAACUUCCAGAAUCCGAUGUCGACGGUCCUGGACUCGUCGCCGAGCACGCGGGUCGACGGUCGCAAGAAGGACCGACGGAAAGGAAAUCGCGCCAGCUCGCUCGAGAGCGAGGACAGUGGCGGCCCGAUCGGAUCCGA